AUGCUAUACUGAAACGUGUGCCUCUUUAUUAGCCUCUUACCCAGUCUACCGUGGCGGGAUGUUACUUCCAUCUUGGAUUUAACUCCUCGUUGGGAAGCCGGCUCGUAUCAAAUACAUAAACUUUUGGCGACCUAAUCCUUACGAAAUUACGUUUCUGUUUACGUUCACAUGUGUUUCAUUUGCGGAUUUUAUUGAUUGAUAAAUCGUAUCCCUCGGCAUGCAAUAGUAACGUCUUAUGACAUUGCUAGUACCUGGUUUCAAAGAGCGGUUGCAGCAGGAGACGCUCAACACUCUAACAGGCACUACAAACACACAAUGUCUGUACCAAGUAGGGCCCGAGUCUAUACUGACGUUAAUUCUCUGAAACCAAGGGAAUACUGGGACUAUGAAAGCUAUGUAGUGGAUUGGGGCCAACAGGACAACUACCAACUGGUGCGAAAGUUGGGUCGUGGAAAAUAUAGUGAGGUUUUCGAAGCAAUUAAUGUUACAAACAAUGAGAAAUGCGUAGUGAAAAUAUUAAAGCCUGUUAAGAAGAAGAAAAUUAAAAGGGAGAUUAAAAUUUUGGAGAAUCUGCGUGGUGGAACAAAUAUAAUUACUUUGCAAGCUGUGGUCAAAGAUCCUGUCUCUCGGACACCUGCUCUUAUCUUUGAACAUGUAAACAAUACAGACUUCAAACAAUUGUACCAGACGCUUACUGAUUUUGACAUUCGUUUUUACCUAUUCGAAUUGCUCAAGGCUUUGGAUUAUUGUCACAGUCAAGGAAUUAUGCAUAGGGACGUAAAACCUCAUAAUGUAAUGAUAGACCACGAAAAUAGAAAAUUACGUUUAAUAGAUUGGGGGUUAGCUGAAUUUUACCAUCCCGGGCAAGAGUACAAUGUUCGCGUAGCUUCUAGGUACUUUAAGGGUCCUGAACUGUUGGUGGACUAUCAAAUGUACGACUAUUCGCUAGACAUGUGGUCAUUAGGAUGCAUGCUGGCGUCGAUGAUCUUCCGGAAGGAGCCGUUCUUCCAUGGCCACGACAAUUACGAUCAAUUAGUUCGCAUUGCGAAGGUGCUGGGCACCGAAGAGCUUUUCGAGUAUCUUGAUAAAUACCAUAUAGAACUAGAUCCACGAUUUAAUGAUAUUCUUGGAAGACAUUCCCGCAAAAGAUGGGAACGCUUCGUCCAUAGCGAAAACCAACAUUUAGUAUCCCCAGAGGCGCUCGAUUUCUUGGACAAGCUGCUACGUUACGACCAUCUGGAGCGUUUGACGGCUCGUGACGCGAUGGAUCACUCCUACUUUUACCCCGUUGUUCAGGAACACUGCCGAAUGAUGUCAACGGUGACUUCAUCUCCUACUCCGCCUACAGGCACAAUGUCUGUUGUAGGAGUAGGUGGUCCUGCCUCCCCAAUUGGAUCGCCGCUAACAAUUCCAGCGUCCCCAAAACUGAUGUCGAUGCGAAAGUCAUCGGCAUUUUUCACUAACCUCGACUCUUCAACAACACCCACCCCCACAUGAAUCACCUUAUUAUAUAAACACAUAAACAACAACAUGCAUUAAUCGUAA